AUGUCCGAAAAUAACGAAAUUGAAAUGGAACUCCCAUUUGACUCAUCUGCAAUUACUUCAACAGAAGUUUUAGACAGAGUUAAUGCUUUACUCACUCUCCAAGAUACACAAAAUGAAUUAACGGAACAAAUGGAAAAAGAAAUUUUAGAAAUUGAAAAGAAAUAUUUAAAAAAAUUCCAACCACUCGCAGAAAAGAGAUUUGAAAUUGUAUCAGGUAAAGUUGAACCAACCAAAGAAGAUCAACAAUGUAAAGCACCAAUUCAAGUUGAAAACCUUAAAUCUGUUCCAACCGAUAAAGGUAUUCCAAAGUUCUGGUUACAUGUCUUACAAAACACCGAAGUCAAAGAUAUCAUUGAAGAAUGUGAUAUUGAAGCUUUAGAGUAUUUAGUUGAUAUUAAAAUCGUUCAAGUCGGUGACGCACAAGACUACUCAUUAGAUUUCCACUUUAGUGAAAAUCCAUUCUUCACCAACACUGUCAUCUCCAAAACCGUCAAACUCGAAGAAGAUAACGAAUUAAAUGAAAUCGUCUCAACCCCAAUCAAUUGGAAAGAUGGUAAAAACUUUACCGUUCAAUCAAAGAAGAAAACUGUUAAAUCAAAACCAACCAAAGGUAAAGCUGCCACCACCACCUCUACCACCGUUCAAGAGGUCGUCCCAUGUUUCUUUAGCACCUUUGUCUCACCAAACCAAGAUCCAACCAGUGAUGAAGAAGCUGAUGAAAUCAUGUACAUCCAAUACCAAAUUAUCGCCAAAUUAAAGGAUAUCGUUAUCCCAGAAGCCGUUAACUUCUUUUUAGGUCGUGCUUCAGAUGCCGAAGAAAACGAUUAUGACUUUGGUGAAGAUUUCGAAGAUGAAGAAGGUGAAGAUGAUGAUGAAGAAGAUGAUGAAGAAGAACAAACCAUUAAAAAACCAUCAGGUAAAGGUAAAGCUCAACCACAACAACCACAAGAUUGUAAACAACAAUAA